AUGCAGGCCAACCUCACCAGCCCCGUACUUUUCAACCAAGCCGUGCAGACUGCUCUCGCCUGUAAGGAUAUGGCAAUCGACACACUGAUCGAGAUCGGUCCUCACUCUGCUCUAUCGGGACCUUAUCUACCAAAUCUCAUCCGGGGUGCCAGGUGCGCCGAGCAGGUGCUCAAGCUCGCCGGUGAGCUGUUCCUUCGCGACUAUCCCAUCGAUCUGCAACGCAUCACUGCGAUUGAGGAACUCUCUCCGUCUGGAAAUAUUAACUCUCGGAGAUGCCAUUUCAUUAUUGAUCUGCCCCCUUAUCAGUGGGACAAAGCCAAGAAAUUCUGGGCUGAGUCUCGCGAGAGUAAGGAGCAUGGCUCUUCAAGCGACAGCCAGCUCCUGAUUAACCGACUUGUUCCAUUCGACAAGAUCAGCGAGAGAUACGCUCUCACUGAAGACGAGACCCAGUCACAGCCCUUAAACCCAGAAGCCGGACUGGACGGUAUAAUCGACUCUGUAAAAGUUGUAUUCUCUCACGGUAACGCUGACGAGGUGGCAUUGCAACCUGUCGAGGUCGAGUUCCGAGUGAUAGCAACAGGUCUUACCGACGAAGACAAAGCCGUCAUAUUGGGAUCCUCUCCUGGCCCUGACUUCAGCCAUGAGGCUUCUGGUAUCGUGACACGGACCGGGGAUGCCGUUACGAGGGUGUCGCCAGGCGACCGCAUGGUGGCCUUUAGUGCAGGAAAGCUGUCAAACUUUCAGAUUUCGGACAUCAACAGCUCACUCACCCUCGCCUCUUCCCUGAACAGCAGCGAAACCAUCAUAACUCAUACAAAUGGUGGCACUGUAGGCGUUGCCCGCACCCCUCCACGUCUUGAGCUGCACGCAGAUGCCACUUACAUCCUCGUGGGAUGUCUCGGUGGCCUCGGACGUAGCCUGACCACAUGGAUAAUGAAGCGAGGAGCGCGGAACUUCGGGUUUCUAUCUCGUUCGGGAACGGAUUCGAAGCAGGCUGCCCUUUGCGUCCCGGAUCUGGAAGCUCGAGGUGCCCGGGUGCAGGUCUUUAGAGGCUAUGCGGCUAUCAAAGGAGCUGUUGAGAGAGCUGUCGCCUCGAUACCCUCCGAUAAGCCUCUACGCAGUAUUGUGAGUGCUGCCCUGGUCUUGUGGGACGGCCUAUUCCAGAAUAUGAGCUACCAAAGCUGGACAACAUCCGUUCAGCCAAAGGUCCUCGGUAGUAAGAACCUACACGAGGCAACAGCUGAACUACCUCUGGACUUCUUUCUCAUGACGAGUUCUGUGUCUGGCAUUCUCGGAACUCCCGCUCAGGGUAACUAUGCGGCUGCAAACUUGUACAAGGAUGCGCUUGCUCGCCUGCUCCGUUCUCAGGGCAAACCUGCAUGUGCAGUCAUUCUCCCCAUGGUUCUUGGCGUGGGAGUAGUUGCCGAAAACCUGAACCUCGAGAAUUCGCUCACCCGUAAGGGCAUGUAUGGUAUUGACGGGGAGGCUCUCCUGGACGCUUUCGAGGUGUCAAUCUUGGAGCAACAGGGUCAGCAAGAUCACAGCGUUAAAUCUGACCAUCUCGUCGUCGGCCUUGACCCUGCAGGGCUCCACAGAGCAAGCAAGCAGGCUGAGGGUGACGUUGAUGCUUUCUGGGCCGCGGACCACCAUUUCUCUAUCCUCCUUGAUACUAUGAAUCGACUAGACGGUGCGAAUCACGUUGGUGGAGAAGCAGGCUCGAUUCUCUACCGCGUUAAGGCUGCCGAGUCGCCUACGCAAGCUAUUUCUCUGGUGCGUGACCAUUUUGUCUCCAAGCUGGCCCGGGUCCUUCUUCUCGAUGCGGAGAAAUUCAGCGAUAAAAGCUCUGGGCGUUCAAGAGCAAGUUACGGCAUUGAUAGCAUGAUUGGUGCCGAGCUACGAAACUGGAUCUUCAAGGAGUUGGGGCUGGACAUCGCUUUCCAGCAACUUCUGAGUCCAUCUUUAAUUUAUCCCCAACUUCUUCCUCAAACGACCGAUUCCCUUCAACGGGAUAUCGCCAGUAUGAUAUCCAGUAGGGCUGUCAUGGGCUUCGAGUGGUCCUUCAUGGCCCUCGCCUACAUAACAGUCGCCUGUCGCAUUUAUGUCCGCGUGGUCAUGAGAAAGGCACGCUUGUUUUCAGCCGACUAUUGGCUCAUCGCUGGUUUAUUGUGCUGCCAGGGUCUGCUGAUUUGCGACACGAUUACCUACUCCAUGGAUGCGAUGGAUAAUUUCACAAUAGAUAAUGUCGCUAUCAGAAAGAUUCGAUUCGCAACAAAUCAUUUCUUCGACACAGGCAUAUACUUUCCGAAAUUCAGCAUCAUCGCCUUCUACUUCAACCUCGUUCCAAUUACACAGCCAAAAAUGCGCAUUGCACUCUAUUGUCUAGCCGGCGUCACGGCAUCCUUCGCGGUCAUCACUUUCUUCUGUGAUUGGUUUUGGUGCGGGCCUGAUCCUUCUGUCAACUGGGCAAAAGGAGAGCAAAAAUGCACAUCCUUCACAUCCAUGACCCUUAUGCGGCUUCUGUGGUCUAUGAACUUUGUAUCCGAGGUCCUGAAUGUUGCAUACCCAAUCCCCCUGCUGGCAACCCUUAAAAUGACAUCAACGCGUAAGAAGAUUGGACUAGCUGUUGUUUUUAGUCUGGGGGUUGUCACCAUCGCUGUCAGCGUUGGAAGAUUUAUAACCAUGGUAUAUGUUGAUAAUGCCAUUUCUAUAUACAUCUGGGCAACUGCCGAAAUCUGUAUCUCGGUCAUAGUGGUCGCUCUUACAGCGGUCCGGCCUCUCCUUCGAAAGCUCACGAACCUGAAGUCUACAACUUUACUCACAAGCGAGGACCAAUCAGGCGGCCAAGCAAUACCAUCGAAUCGUUCCCGGAAACUAGGAACUUUUACUGGAGGAUCAGGGGUCUACUGGCAGGGAACAGGAAAGAAUCAUCAGAGGCUUGCCGAGACUAUGGGUCUAGAGAGUUUAGCUGGUAGUGAAACGGAACUGAACAACAUGAAUGGGACAACACUGGCGCAGGAUAUCAUGGCCUCAAGGGAGACCAGCAUUCACAGUAUACCUGGUCAGCCAGAGUACACGAUCAAGGAUUGA